AUGCCGUCUGAUAUAAUGGAACAGAGAGGUGUCUCAUCCUUUCAUGAAGAUAUACAUAUUACUUCAGAGAGGCAAUUUGGGUUUCUGAAAACAGACCUGAUGCCUGAAAACCAAGGUGGUCGUGAUAGAUUUUCGAAUCUGCCAAAGAGUUCCUGGACACCUGAAAGUUACCAGCUGAAGCCACAACCGAGCUUUUCUGGGGUGCAUCCCUCUUCUAGCCCUAACACAAGGAACACUACAAGUGGUGGCCAGUGGGAAAGCAGUUUAUUUUCCAGCUCAAUGUCUGAUUUAUUUAGUAGAAAACUACGCCUACAAAGAAGUGAUAUGCUAUCUCCUAUGUCUGCAAACACAGUUGGUACCCAUCGUGAGGAAGAACCUUCUGAAUCUUUAGAAGAAAUUGAGGCGCAAACUAUUGGAAAUCUUCUCCCAGAUGAAGAUGACCUCUUUGCGGAAGUGAUGGGCGAGGUUGGGCGUAAAUCUCGUGCCAAUGGAGAUGAUCCGGAUGAUUUUGAUCUCUUCAGUAGUGUUGGUGGAAUGGAACUAGAUGGAGAUGUUUUUUCUUCUGUGGAUCACAGAAAUGGUGAGAGAGGCGGCAAUAUUUCUUUUGGCGAACAUCAUCGAGGGGAAAUUCCAUCGAGAACAAUUUUGGCCGGAAAUAUCAGUAGCAAUGUUGAAGACUAUGAUCUGAAGGUCCUUUUUGAGCAAUUUGGAGACAUCCAGGCUCUCAAUGCAGCUUGCAAGAAUCGUGGCUUUAUCUUGGUAUCGUACUAUGAUAUAAGGGCUGCUCAGAAUGCGGCGAGAGCACUCCACAAUAAGCUAUUAAGAGGGACAAAAAUUGACAUUCGUUAUUCUAUCCCUAAGGAAAAUCCUUCAGAAAAAGACACGAGUAAAGGAGCCUUGCUGAUUAAUAAUCUUGAUUCUUCUAUUUCAAAUGAAGAGCUCAAUCGAAUCGUCAAAUCAUAUGGAGAAAUAAAAGAGAUUCGUAGAACCAUGCAUGAUAACCCACAGAUAUACAUAGAGUUCUUUGACAUUCGAGCUGCAGAGGCUGCUCUUGGUGGACUGAAUGGACUCGAGGUUGCUGGGAAGCAGCUGAAACUUGUGCCAACCUUUCCAGAGGGUACAAGAUACACGUCCCAGUGGGCUGCACAUGAUGCUGAAGGGUCUCUUCCUAAAAUGUCUUUUAGUAAUACAUCAUCCGGGCACAUGGGGAGACAUUUUCCAGGAAUAAUUUCUUCAAACUCCAUGGAUGGUGGAUCUAUGCGGGUUAUUCAUAAUUCUGUUGGAUCACCUGUGAACUCCUUCAUUGAACGACAUCGGAGUCUCAGCAUUCCUAUUGGAUUCCCACCUUCGGCAAACGUCAUCGCAGCCAGCAAGCUUGUCGGACUUCAGGAGCAUGGCCACCCUUUUGAUAAUUCAAAUAUGGGGAUCCAAAGCAUGCCAAAUCUUCAUAAUUCUUUUCCAGAUUACCUCGACAACUUCGCAAAUGGUAGUCCAUACAAGUCCUCGGCUGCAUUUUCUGAAAUGGUCAGUGAUGGCUCAAAAGCAAAUGAAGGCUUUAUGAUACAUAAUGUCCGUGGAGGGGAUGGCUUUAACGGAGGGGGCAUAGGAUCUCCCAUGAAUCAAAGCUCCCGCCGCCCUAACCUUAAUUUAUGGAGCAACUCUAACACCCAGCAACAAAAUCCGUCAAGUGGUAUGAUGUGGCCUAACUCGCCAUCUCACAUCAACAACAUUCCGACUCAGCGCCCACCUGUUACUGUAUUCUCUAGAGCACCUCCUAUUAUGGUGAAUAUGGCAUCGUCCCCUGUGCACCACCACAUUGGAUCUGCGCCGGUAUUAAACUCUCCUUUUUGGGACAGAAGACAAGCCUAUGGAGCUGAAUCUCUAGAAUCAUCUGGCUUCCACAUAGGUUCUCAUGGUAGCAUGGGGUUUCCUGGCUCUUCACCAUCCCACCCAAUGGAAAUUGGUUCCCAUAAGUCUUUUUCCCAUGUUGGUGGGAAUCGCAUGGAUGUAAAUUCUCAAAAUGCUGUAUUGCGGUCUCCUCAACAGUUGUCUCAUCUCUUUCCCGGAAGGAGCCCAAUGGGUUCAAUGCCGGGCUCAUUUGACUCGCCAAAUGAACGAUACAGGAAUCUCUCUCAUCGGAGAAGCGAGUCUAGCUCUAGUAAUGCUGACAAGAAACUGUAUGAGCUUGAUGUUGACCGUAUAUCACGUGGGGAUGAUAGCAGGACAACGUUGAUGAUUAAAAACAUUCCCAAUAAGUAUACUUCUAAGAUGCUUCUAUCUGCCAUUGACGAGCACUGUAAAGGAACAUAUGAUUUCCUUUAUUUGCCAAUUGACUUCAAGAACAAAUGCAACGUGGGAUAUGCUUUCAUCAACCUUAUUGAACCUGAGAAGAUUGUCCCGUUUUAUAAGGCAUUUAAUGGCAAAAAGUGGGAAAAGUUCAACAGUGAGAAGGUGGCAACUCUUACAUAUGCUCGAAUCCAAGGGAAAAUAGCUCUUAUUGCCCAUUUUCAGAAUUCAAGCUUAAUGAACGAAGACAAACGUUGCCGACCUAUUCUCUUCCACACCGAUGGUCCAAAUGCUGGUGAUCAGGAACCAUUUCCAAUGGGUACCAACAUACGAUCAAGACCGGGCAAGCCACGAACCAACAGUGUCGAUAACUACAACAGCUUUAGCAUCGCUUCCGUUUCUGAAAACCGAGAAGAACCUCCUAAUGGAAACGAUCCUUUCUUGAAAGAGAACUAA